GUCAACUCUUCCACCUGUCCUCCGCCCUCCGCCCGCAUUACCCCCGCGGAACACGUCUUCAAACACAGUAUAACGACGGGGACGGAAUUACAUGCUUAUCAUCUAGCGACUUCACGUCUACCAAAAUCUGCGCUACGUUCAGCAAGACAUACACUAAGUACGGCCAGAAGUCAGAGAAACCAUGCCGGAGAAGGCCGAAGUACUGAGUUGCAAGUACUGCAAUGACACCUUCCAACGCAAAGGGCAUCUCCAACGGCAUAUGCUUCGACAUUCGGGUAUGAAGCCCUUCAGUUGCGGAACGUGUUCAAAGUCUUUCUCCAGAAGGGACACACUUCUCCGGCAUGAGGCCAUCCACGAUCAGGAUCAGUCGCAGCAAAGCCACAGUAGAAAGGCUCUCCAGGCCUGUCUCCCUUGCGCUCAAGCCAAGCAGCGGUGCGAUGGGAAGCUUUCCUGCGCACGCUGUGAGCGGAAAGGGUUCCAUUGCGAGUACAACAACGAGCCGCGCCGAGGCUUGGGUCCCGCGGUGUCUCGGACGAAGAACACUCGAUCUAAUGAGGCUUUGUUCAGCAGUGAUGAGUAUCAAGGCUGCACUUCGACAUCAGCCACUCUUCCUACAGCUUCGGUAUCUACGACUCCGGUGUCUCAAGGCCCAGGGGCUUUAGCGGCUCAGCCUUCCAUACCACUUGCGGCCCCGACUACAUCGAACAAUUCUUUAUCCGACGAAAUGCAUAGGCUGGGCUGGCUAGAUCAUGUGUUCUCCGCUGAUUCCGCCAGUGCCGAGGAGUAUGAUCUGUUCACAGAUUUCUGCCUACCGGACUCGGUACCAACCGAUGAGGCCCGUUUUGAUCCUAGCCUUCCCUCGAGGUGGACGAUUCAAGACCUUGAGUGCCCUACCGAGACCCUCUGCUCCUUGCGCACGUCUGAUCGCGGAAGCAUAGCCGCCUUGGAGACCACGGAACGUGCUAUCUCGAACACAUUCGCAGCUGAUACACAUCCCGCCCUGGAGGUUGCCGUACCGCAAAGUCACAAUACGUCAGGGACAACUCUCCCCCCUACGUUGGAUGAUUUCCUAGCCUUUCCCACGCUUCUAUACGAUGAUGUCCAGUGCGCCAGCGUGGAGAUUUUCGGACAUGUGAGCCAGAUUUCGUCGAAGGCUUAUGAAGCGCUGCACGCUUUCUAUGUCGCAGAGCGUGGGUACGACGACUUGUUGUUUCCUGAUUGCCAGUUGCUCACGGCUUUCGUGGACCUGUAUUUGGAGCAUUUCGAUCCUCACCUCCCGUUCCUACACCAAACGAAGAUGGAAUCAGAAGACCUGUCCUGGGUCCUCCUCACAGCAGUCGCCGCUAUCGGGGGUCAAUACUCCGAAGUCAAAGAUGCUUCCAGAAUCACUGCAGUUUUGCGAACUCUGCUACAACGAGCGACAAAUUCCAAGCCUUGCCAACUUAGUUCGAAGCCCCCAGAUAUCUCCCUUGUACAAAGUGUCUUGCUGCGAGACAUCGGGUCGAUGUUUUCCGGAACCCCACUGAAUCAAACCGUGUUGCAGCAUGAGAAAAGUUUGCUUGUGACGUUAUGUCGCAGUCUGAUAACUCCCGAUGUCUUUAGUAAGCCUGCCGAACCGACAGUCCAACAGAACUCAGAUCAUGAGUGGCGGGCUUGGUUAGAAGAUGAAGAAAUGGUUCGCCUAAUGCACAGCGUAUACACAUUGGAGUGCUUUCAGUUGGUGUUCUUGGACUUGCGACCGUCCUUCAAACUCACAGAACUGACGCAGCGACUCCCUUGUAAUGACAGUGCCUGGCGAUGUCGCGAUGCAAAACGCUGGAGAGAACUGGACCAAAAACAGGGUGGAAGUGUUUCCCAACGGCGUCAUGAAUCCUUGUUAUGCAGAACCGGCAUUCUUAGCCUUUAUGCCGCUGAGAGAGAUAUCUUGGAUCACAUGCAAUCAUCGCGGCUUCUGCAAUCCUUGAUCCGAUCUGAGUCCAGAUCGGACGCACAGGCAAAGGACACAUAUUCUAUUCGGAGAACAUUGCUGUCUCUCGGAGCAUUCGAAGACGACGUGAAGGUUUUGGACACAAUCAUAGACGACAAUAUGGUGCCCAGACUUAGCUCAGGUCCCGAACUGGCACACGGCGGACAUGACCCGAUCAUCCACGUUGUUGCAAUACAGCGAGAGAUUCCCUUACGGAUCAUAUAUUCUUCGGUGGGAUGGCAGGUCGACAGUGCCGAGAUGGAACGAUGCAGAGCUAGGUUGAGAAUACACCUACGACGCAACCUGGGAACGGCCCGGAGUUGUCUCUGGCACGCAGCGCAGAUUUACUCUCUCUCGCGAAAUCUUCGCUUCACUGCAUGUCAUUUCUCCUUGUCACUCUGCAUCGCCGUCACUUACAUCUUUCUGUACGAUCAGAUCGUGCAACUCCCGUCACCACAAGGAGAACUCAUCCUCCUAGACAAGCUGGUACAAAAGUCCCAAGUAGACGCCUGGGUAGAGAGCGUGGAUGAUUCCAGAGUGCACAUCACAGGCAUUGGCAUCCUGGACAACUACGAAAGCAGUCGCAGGUUGCUAUUGGAUGCGGAGGCGGUUUUGCGGUCUCAGAAGUCAUGGCAAACGUUUGCAGAAGCUUUGGCACGAACAUUUGCUCAAAUGAGUCAAGGACAACAACCGCAUAUUUAGCUGAGCAAACCCC